AUGUCGACCGACUAUGAGAAAUCCAAGGGGGAGCUCCAAGGGGAGCACGUCGACGUUGAUCAUGUCGAGCUCAAGCAGAACUCUGAGCUCAUGAGAGAGGCAUUCGAUGCCGAAAACCGCGAGCAUGAAAUGGGCGUGUGGGAGGCGGCCAAGACGCACCCCUGGGCUUGCUUGUGGGCUUUCAUCAUGUGUUUCACUAUUGUCAUGGAAUCAUUCGACAUGUUCCUGAACGGUAACUUUGUCGCCCUCGAUGCAUUCCAACAAAAGUUUGGUGUUUCCGUGGCGGGAUCGAGUGACAAGGUCAUCCCGACUCGGUGGCAGAGUGCCCUGUUCCAGGCUGGCCAAUGUGGCGCAUUUGUCGGCGUCUUUUUAGCCGGUCCUAUAACAAGUCGGAUAGGAUACAGAUGGACGACCAUCAUUGGCCUGAUUCUCAUGAACGCCACUAUCUUCGUCUCCUUCUUUGCCAACUCACUCGCCCUUCUGACCGUGGGUCAAGCUUUGGAAGGUGUCCCAUGGGGUUUCUUUAUCGCCAACUCCCCGGCCUAUGCCAGUGAAGUUGUGCCCCUCGCUCUGCGAGGUGCAUGUACCGCGACUUUGCAGAUGUCUUGGUCCAUCGGUUCGAUCAUUGUCGCCGGUGCUACCUACAGCUACAACAAGUAUGAGAAUGAGUGGGCCUGGAAAGCGCCCCUGGCCUUGCAGUGGAUGUUCCCGACACCUCUCCUAAUCCUGGUUUUCCUUGCCCCCGAGUCGCCUUGGUGGUUGAUUCGUCGUGGGCGUCGGGAGGAGGCUCUUCGUUCCAUCAAGCGCCUCGGUAAGGAGAAGGAAGAGGAGGCCCACCAGGCUUUGGCCAUGAUGGAGCGUACCGUCAAGAUUGAAAAGGAGCAAGGCGGGGACCCGACGCUUCUCGACCUUUUCAAGGGUACUGACCUAAGGAGAACGGUGAUCACGUGCCUUGUAUAUGGGGGGCAGAACCUGGCUGGGAAUUUGAUUGCCAACCAAGCAACCUUUUUCUUCGAGCAGGCUGGCAUGUCGUCCGAGCGUGCUUUCCAGCUUAACCUGGUCAACUCGUGCCUCCAACUCGUCGCCAACGGCCUUUCCUGGGUUGUAACCGCCUGGUUCGGACGCCGCACGGUCUACCUCUGGGGCACUGCAACCAACAUCGCUUUGCUCUUUAUUCUUGGUAUCGUCGCCUCGGUGGAACAGAACAACCACACCAACAUCGCCCAGGCCUCUCUCGGAAUUCUCAUCUCCUUCAUUUUCGCGGGUACUCUCGGACCGAUCUCCUACACCAUCAUUUCCGAGACCUCCUCCAUCCGCCUCCGUGCGCUGAGCACCGCUGUCGGUCGUGCUGCCUACUAUGUGGUGGAAAUCCCCAUGAUCUACCUGGCCUCGAAGAUGCUCAACACCACCGGAUGGAACCUGGCGGGCAAGUGCGGUUACGUCUGGGGCGGUACUGCCUGCGUGUGCUGGAUUGUGGCCUACUUCUUUUUGCCCGAGUUGAAGCACCGCACGUACCGUGAAACCGAUAUCCUGUUCAACCGCAAGGUUCCGGCUCGGAAGUUCAAGACGACUGUUAUCGGGGUCGACGAGAACGAGUAA